AUGAGUGCACCAUUCUCCCUGCCGUUGGUCCUGGGACCGUGUCGAGCGGCUUUCAGUAACCUCCCAGGCAGGACCUACAUCUCGGUUAAGCAGUCGCUUGCCCGGAGUUCCUUCCCUCGUCCAUCCUACGAACCCCAUGAGCCCGCCUGGAGAUACCGUUCGCAGUCCGCCCGUACCUACGCAACCAGUGUCUCCGCGCCGUCUCCGGUUCCUGUUGUCCCAUACUCCUCGCUGACCAUCGGGGUGCCUCGCGAGAUAUUCCCGAACGAACGCCGUGUCGCUCUUACACCCCAGAAUGUGGCUUUGUUGGUCAAGAAAGGCUUCGGCCGCGUCCUCGUGGAACGCGGAGCUGGUGAAGGCGCUCAGCUGCUUGAUCAAGCGUAUGAAAAAGCCGGAGCGACCCUAGUCGAUCAAGCCGCCAUAUGGUCUCAGAGUAACAUUGUCUUGAAGGUCCGCGGGCCUCAGACCAAUGGUGCUAUUAACGAAAUCGAGGCGUUGAAACCAGGGAGCACCAUCAUAUCGUUUCUUUACCCAGCCCAGAACCAGCCGCUCGUCAAUAAACUUGCCUCUCGUGGCGCAACCAGCUUCGCUAUGGACAUGAUCCCCCGCAUUUCCCGCGCCCAGGUCUUUGAUGCUCUUAGUUCGAUGGCCAACAUUGCUGGAUACAAAGCUGUUUUGGAAGCGUCCAACCACUUUGGCCGCUUCUUGACCGGUCAAGUCACUGCCGCAGGAAAGAUACCUCCCAGUAAAGUACUGGUCAUAGGAGCUGGUGUCGCAGGGUUGAGUGCCAUCGCAUCGGCUCGUCGUAUGGGGGCUAUUGUACGCGGAUUCGACACUAGACCUGCUGUACGGGAACAAGUGCAGUCGCUUGGUGCAGAAUUCAUUGAAGUUGACAUCCAGGAAGACGGUGCUGGCCAGGGCGGCUAUGCAAAGGAAAUGUCUAAAGAGUUUAUCGAAGCCGAGAUGAAGCUCUUCAUGGAACAGGCCCGGGAAGUGGACAUUAUUAUAACUACCGCUCUUAUCCCUGGAAAACCCGCACCGAGGCUGAUUACCAAAGAGAUGGUUGCUGCGAUGAAACCCGGGUCCGUCAUUGUCGAUCUCGCAGCUGAGGCUGGCGGGAACUGCGAAGCAACUGUCCCUGGGCAGCGUACUACCUACAAUGAUGUUACUGUCAUCGGCUAUACCGACUUCCCCUCUCGCCUACCGACUCAGUCCUCGACUCUGUACUCCAACAACAUCACGAAAUAUCUGCUUUCCAUGGCACCCCAAGAAAAGUCUUUUGGCAUUGAUCUUAGCGACGAAGUAGUCCGAGGAUCGAUUGUCACCCUGAAUGGAGAGGUCUUACCCCCAGCUCCCCGACCCGCACCACCACCACCUCCAAAGGUCGAAGCAGCAGCACCAUCCACAGCGAAGGCGGAGCUGGCCUUGACACCAUGGCAGAAGGUUUCUCGUGAGGUAGCAACAACAACUGGAGGCAUGGGGACUGUGCUCGCAUUGGGAAAAGCAACCGGUCCAGUCUUCAUGAGCAACAUGCUCACAUUUGGUCUGGCCGGACUGGUCGGUUAUCGCGCGGUAUGGGGCGUUGCUCCGGCUCUUCACUCUCCCUUGAUGAGCGUAACUAAUGCCAUUUCUGGCAUGGUGGGCAUCGGUGGUUUCUUUAUCAUGGGUGGCGGCUAUCUUCCUACGACCAUCCCAGAACUUCUAGGAUCAGUCUCGGUCCUCCUCGCGUUCAUGAAUGUAUCCGGCGGAUUUGUUAUUACAAAGCGCAUGCUUGACAUGUUCAAGCGUCCGACCGAUCCUCCGGAAUACCCCUGGCUCUAUGCAAUUCCGGCAGUCGUCUUCGGCGGAGGCUUCCUAGCAGCCGCCAGCACCGGUAUGGCUGGACUCGUGCAGGCCGGAUACCUGGUCAGCAGCGUCCUAUGCAUCAGCUCCAUCUCAGGCCUUGCGUCACAGCAAACCGCCCGGCGAGGUAACAUCUUUGGCAUCCUCGGUGUCGCCGCCGGUAUCCUGGCUUCUCUCGCUGCAGUUGGAUUCUCCACUGAAGUAUUAACACAGUUUGCUGGUGUUGCUGGUGCAGGUGCCAUUGUUGGCGCGUUGAUUGGGCGUCGUAUUACGCCUACCGGACUUCCGCAGACUGUCGCUGCUCUGCACUCAGUUGUCGGUCUUGCGGCUGUGCUCACGAGUGCCGGCAGUGUAAUGGCCGGCAUAGAUCAUAUCUCGACUCUCCACCUAGUGACGGCUUAUCUCGGAGUUCUAAUAGGUGGUGUUACCUUCACAGGCUCCAUUGUAGCGUUCUUGAAACUUGCUGGUCGCAUGUCCUCUAGACCGACUAUUCUCCCCGGUCGGCAUUUGAUUAACUCAACUUUGCUCGGGACUAACGUAGCUACUAUGGGGGCUUUUGUCACGAUGGCGCCGGCCAACCCAGUCAUUGCUGCGACGUGCCUAGGAGCGAACACUAUCCUCAGUUUCCUGAAGGGUUACACCACGACAGCGGCCAUCGGUGGAGCAGAUAUGCCUGUCGUCAUAACCGUUCUUAACGCCUACUCCGGCUUCGCCCUAGUCGCCGAAGGCUUUAUGCUCAACAACCCACUCCUUACCAGUGUCGGUUCCCUGAUUGGCGUCAGCGGCUCCAUUCUGUCAUACAUCAUGUGCGUGGCGAUGAACCGAUCCCUAACCAACGUGCUAUUUGGUGGAAUCGCGACAACUCAACAAUCGCAAAAGAAGAUUGAGGGCAAGGUUACGCAAACGACUGUUGAAGAGACAGUGGACUCUUUGGCGAACGCGGAAAGCGUUAUUAUUGUCGUUGGAUAUGGCAUGGCCGUGGCAAAGGCCCAGUAUGCUCUGGCCGAGAUAACGCACAUGCUGCGGGCAAAAGGCAUCAAGGUCCGCUUUGCCAUUCAUCCUGUCGCAGGACGCAUGCCCGGCCAGUGUAAUGUCUUGCUUGCAGAGGCUUCCGUGCCUUACGACAUUGUCCUGGAAAUGGACGAGAUCAAUGACGACUUCGCCGACACCGACGUGACCCUCGUCAUUGGGGCCAAUGAUACUGUGAACCCUAUCGCCCUUGAACCAGACUCACCUAUUUCUGGUAUGCCCGUGCUACAGGCGUGGAAGAGUAAGGAGGUUAUCGUGAUGAAGCGCGGCAUGUCAAGUGGAUAUGCUGAUGUCCCCAACCCGAUGUUCUACAUGCCCGGAACUAGAAUGCUUUUCGGAGACGCGAAGACCUCGUGCGAUGCCAUCAAAGCUAGUAUCGAGGCCCGCAAGUAG